UACUAUAUUUUUGUCCUACAUUUACAGUUGGCACAGCAACAAAAUGGCGAGACAACCUAAAAAUCUACAGGAUCUGCUUAAAUUAGCCAUUCGUUAUCAGACCAACGAAGAUUGUGGUCCAUCGAAAUAUGAAGAAAUGGAUCCAGAGAAAAAAGAAUUUCUCGAAAAAGUCCUCAAAUCGAUGACUGUCGAUGUUAUGGAUGAAUUGGCCAAAGCAAUACAACUACUGGAGGAUCCAGCUACCAGUGAUGAAGAUAAAGUUGAGGCCCUAGAUAUUGUCCGUGAUUAUAUUGAUAAUAUGGAUUUUGCAAAUAGUUUUGUUAAACUUGGUGGCACCGAUAUUCUCAUUAAAUGCAUUAAAAGCGAUGUGGUGCCAUUGCGUACAAAUGCAAUUAAGGUAUUGGCGGAGAUGUCACAAAACAACGUGUAUUGCCAACAGCAUUUUGUUGAAAACAACAUUGUCGAACAUUUGAUAUCAUAUCUGCAAGAUAAAGAUCAAGAAGUUGUUGCCAGCGCCCUGUAUGCCCUGUCAUCGUUAAUGCAAAAUUAUGAGCCGGCCACAGUGGAAUUUACCAAACACGGAGGCAUUGCUGGAGUCCAACACUGCCUAGGCAGUUUAAAUUCACGGGUAUUUGUCAAGUCAUGUUUUUUAAUAUCAUCCAUUUCCUCACAAUUUCCCAAAAUUUGCGAUGAAUUUGUAAGUGCGAAAACAUUUUCGAAACUUUGUGAAAAUUUAGAAUGUGUUGGUGAUUUUGAUAUAAAAAUCGAAGCGUUACUUAAUGCAAUGGCAACAUUGACGGAUAGUAGCAAAUUUGAUGCGAAGACAGAGGCCAGCAAUGAGAUAACUCCGGUUUUGGAUAGUAUGUUGAAGAAUAUUAAGGGCUUGCCACAGUGCGAGGAAAUGGAGGCAUAUACCCGUAAAAUACAAGAGAAAUUGAAGUAA